ACAUUCCUCAUAACUACCAUUGAUUCAUUCUUCAUUUUUUCAAUAUCUCUUUUGCAAAAAUGGUGCUCGCAGGUAAACUUAGUACCGAGCUAGGGAUCAAAACUCCCACUGAAAGGUUCUUCAAACUAUUCAAUUCUGAACUUCACGAAAUGCAAAACAUUUGUGAAAGAGUUCAUCAAACCAAACUGCAUGAAGGUGAUGAUUGGCAGGACACUGAUACGGUUAAACACUGGACUUAUGUCAUAGAUGGCGAGGUACACACAUGUCAUGAGAGUGUUGAAGAAGUUGAUGAACAGAACAAAAAGCUCAAUUACAAGCUGUGGGGUGGAGAUAUUGAUAAGCACUAUAAGGUCUUUAAGCUGAUCAUUGAAUUAAUUGAUAAGAGUGAUGGUAGUGGUGCUCUUAAAUGGACUAUUGAAUAUGAGAAGAUCAAUGAAGAUAUUCAUCCUCCAAAUGGCUGGAUGGAUUACCUUAACACCCUCACUCGAGACAUUGAUGCUCAUCUUGUCAAAGGCACAAGGGUAGCACUUUAAGUUAUAUAUAAAGAAAGUAAUAAAUAAGUUGCAAUGGCUUAAUGCACUGUGUUGUCUUAAGUUUUCAUUGUAAUAAAUGUGAUGUAUGGUGUUGGUAAUGGCACAUGUUGCUGCAUAUCCAUAUUUGCUUAUGGUUAUGUUUAUCUUUAAUUCAUGUGUAGGUUUGUUUGACGUGUAUGUCUUAAAUUAUGUUAUGCAUAUUAUCAAUAUGCCUUAAAUUAUGUUACGCAAAUUAUCAAUAAAUGAAUAUUAUAUUUGUGUGUUUUA